AUGAGAUCAAUGAAGAUUUUAUUCCUUUUGGUGGCAUUAACUGCAUGUGCCAGGGCAUUACCAGCAGGCGAAGCAAUGGAACAAAACGCGAUUCCCACCACAGAUGUUGACGCAGCUGCUGAACCAACAGAAAACCCAACUGAGACACCAACUGAGACACCAACUGAGACACCAACUGAAGCACCAACUGAAAACCCCGAAGAAGCAAGCUCAACAGCUGGUGGUCUGGUUCACCGUCAGGUGGAACCGUCUAGUCCAGCCUCAAAGAGCGAGAUCCAAGAAAUUUUCACUGCCAGCUUGGCUGACGCGUCCUCCCAGAUGCAAUCAACCCUCGUGGUCGCGCUGAUGGUCUUGGUGGCUAUCAUUAUCACGAUGUUGGGCCUUUGCAUGUGUGCAAUAAGAUGA